GGGAGACCGAACUAAAGCAGAGCUGAAAGCGAAAACGGAUUGAGUUCGGCAAAGCCACUUGCGUCAAGGAGAACCGUGGCUGGUGAGGAGCUGAAAGGAAGAAAAAAGAAAAAGAUGAAUGGGAAUAAAAAGCAAAAAAAGAGUCAGAGAGAAAAAGAAAUAGAGGGGGAAAAAAAACCUGCUGAUAGAGGGAUGGAUCUCCUAGAUACGAGUGGAGUACCAGUGAUAAUGAUGAGGGACCUAAGGAAUGGUUUAAUCAAAAAGCAAUGAAAUAAACAAAUAGAUACAUUAGGGGAAUAUGCUCAAAGAACAAGUGGUCAUAAUUUGAAUGUAAUGGAGAGAUAC